UCAUAAGUGUAUCGUUUACUUUUAUGUUCAUUCCUAUAAACAAUAAAGAGUUUGCUUUUGUGUAUAUAAACUUACUAUUAUUUCAAUUUCAAUAAUAAAAACAAUGUCAAGUAUUGUCUAAAACAUUUGAAAUUUGAUAAACUAUCCAAUAAAAUAUUUUAAUGAGUGACAACGAGAAGAACGUGUCAACCGAGGACGACACGGAGGAAAGCUUUUCAAGAUUACCUUUAAUUAAAACUCGUGUACGGAAGAACCUAGCGGAGUUGCGACAUCCUCGUCAAAAGUUUUGUGCCCGCUGGGAAAAAGAUUUUCCAUGGCUCAAAGCAGAUAAGGUAGAUGAAUCUGUGGGAAUAUGUACAGUAUGCAACAAACACUUAGUGUGCAAGAAGAGUCAUUUGGAGCGCCACCAGAAUUCUUACAAACAUCAAAGGCUUCAGGGGUUUGAAUCAUUUGACACAGAAUGUGAACCGUCACAACCCAGUGCGCCAGAGUUUAUGGAGUGUGGAAAACGUGAACUUGGGGAGGAGCAGGAGUUCAGCCAAGCCAUUGAGUUAGAUCCAGAUUAUAAUAUGGACUUUGACCGGGAUUCUGAAAAACGAUUCAAAAAGCAUUCAGCUAAGAAUACUAAAGGAUCACAAAAGCACCCAAAUGCAAAUGGUUCAGAAUCUAACGAAAGUCAUUCUAAUAGGAGCUUCAAACUAGAUCGUUUUAAAUUGCUUAAAAGAGUCGACCGUGAUCGAAAUGCUCUUAAUGAGUAUUAUUUAUUAAGGAAAAGACAACACUCACCGCCAAUUCAACAGCCUAAGGAUACAUUUGACUUAUUUUUUGAUAGUGUUUGCGCAACCGUAAAAACAUUACCGCCGAAGCUAGGGGCCGAAGUGAAGGGUAGAAUUUCCCAAUUGAUAGCAGAAUUUGAAUUACGUGCAAUAUGUGAGAGAGAAGCUCAAGAAUGUAGCAUUGCAAUGCCAUCCACAACAACGGAAGGUGCCACAAUGGUAGUAGCUGCAACUACAACCCAUCCUCAAGAGGUAACUGCAUCUGUGACUCAGGAGUCAGCAGUGAUUGACCCCACCACUGGAGUUCCACAUAUUGUUUACUCAUUUAAAGCAAAUGAAUAAAAUAUUGUUUCAUGUCGAACUGUUAAAUAAACUAUGUCUCAUUUAUAAAAUAUAAAAAAUAAUCAAAA